ACUUCCUUGUUUGUUUCUGAGAAAAAAUGGGUGUGGCAAUUCUAAGAAAAUUAAUAUAUUCAGUAGACCUUGAAAUUCUUCAGUCAGCCGAAUUGAGUUUCGAGAAGAUUUGUUCAUAUUAACGUUUUUGAUGCGUGCUGUGCGAACACUGAUCCUAACUGAUAUAUGUGGAAAAAUGAUUGUAUAAGUGUUUGAAGUCUCGUUUCUACCGACUGGACUAGACAAUACUAUUUAGUCUGAAGUUAACGAACCUUUCAGGAAAACAACAUGGCGGCAACAAAUGUUCCCAAAAGAGAUGUGAUUAUUGCAAUCGACUUUGGUACUACAUACAGUGGUUUUGGCUACGUUUUCACCAACGCCUCCGAAGAUCACAUUUAUAUCUUUCAAAAGUGGGGACGAGGCCAAGGAAUGACGUACAGUAAGACGCCGACGGCCCUUUUGUUGACAGAGAAAGGCGAACUGCACAAAUUUGGGCAUGCGGCGGUGGAGAUGUAUGCCAAGCAAGCAAUCUCAAAGAAGGACUGUAAGAAACUUUUGUAUUUCGAUAAAUUCAAACUAUUGCUUCACUCCAAAGAGGUAAGUCUCGGUCGACUGAAGAAUGCUUGUGUGGACAAUAUUGUCGUUUGAUGGUAAAACACAGCCUAGCAAAAAAUCAGGUUCUGAAUAAAUAAUUUCACAUACGUUCUUUAAAGCUGAUUUCGAGACAACUAGUUCUUUUUGCUUACUUUAAUUAGGACCUAAAUGAGAAUACAGAAGUGGAAGCAAGGAAUGGCAAAAAGUGGCCGGCUUUGGAAGUCUUUGCAAAGUGUCUUGAAUACUUGAAAAAAGUGGCAACUGAUGCCAUUAACGAGCGUCAUCUUAAAUCAGACAAGGACAAUCCAGGUGCUGAAGUGAUGUAUAAAGAUUCACAGAUUCAGUGGGUUAUAACUAUUCCAGCAAUAUGGAGCAUUUCUGCGAAAGAGUUUAUGAGGAAGGCCGCCUACAAGGUGAUAACCAUGUUCACAAAGUUAUUCGGCAUUAUAGAGUUUUUACACGGAAACGACUAAAUGCUUUCAAACUGAUUAAAAAUAUAAUUGCAGUUGACAGCAUAUUCAAAGAUUUCAAAAUUGCAGAUUACUCCGUUGUAUGGAGGAGAUAUCUUACUGAACUUGAUUUGUAUUCAUAGGCAGGUAUAGCCAGCCCUGAAGAUCCCGACCAGUUGAUCCUCGCUCUUGAACCUGAAGCUGCCUCGUACUACUGCAGAAAACUGCCCUUCAACAGGUUCAAAGGAAACCGGGGAGAUAGUCGUGUCGUGAGGGAGACACUGGACAGAGAAAAAGUUCCAUAUAUGGUAGUUGACAAUGGAGGUUAGGUUUUAUGAUUUUUUAACUAGCUACCAGAACAACUAUUAUGGUAACGAUAAUGACGAUAGCGAUAAUGAUGAUGAGGGUGGUGAUGUUAACGGUUGUGAGGGCGGUGACGGUAACUAUGGUGAUGAUGAUGAUGAUAACUACAGAGUGGUGGAGUUGGCGGUGGUGAUAAGGACGGUUGUGUGGUGAUGUUAAGCUGGGUGGUGAAAGUGUUCAUGAUCUUGGUAAUAAUGACAGUUGUUUUGAUGGUGGCAGUGGUGCUCAUGAUGGUUGGUGGUAAUGUAACAGCAACGACUACGAUGAAAAAACGAUGAUAACGAUGAUAACAAUGGUAAUGACAAUAUAAAGUUUUCUUUUAACAGGUGGGACUCUGGACAUAACUGUUCACGAAGUUGAUGCUGUGGACGGGCACAUUCUAGAAAAACAUUGUCCUUCUGGUGGUCUCUUCGGAGGAAUACAUGUUGACAGAGAGUUUGAAAACUUAAUGAGCAGAGCAUUUGGCGAAUUCUUCAUGAGACGAUUUAAAGAAGAUUUCCCGAAUGACUGGCACUCUAUUAUGAAUCGCUUUGAGACCCACAAACGAGCAGAAGAAGACGUCGAUAAUGACGAGAUAAGUAUUCCCCUACCUUUAACCUUUAUAAGGUCUUGUAACCAAGACAUUGGAAGCGAUGACGACAUCAAUAAUAGGAUAAGGCGUUUUUAUAAAGACCAAGUCAGUGUUAGUAGCGACUAUCUGAAUAUUACCAUGAAGACUCUUGGUGACCUACAUUAUCCAAUAGUGGCCAAGAUUGCGGACCAUAUCCAUGAACUUCUUGCUAAAGAUAGCCUUCGGGAUGUCAAAACAAUGUUUCUCGUAGGAGGGUUUUCUGAAGCGCAGUUUCUGCGAAAAGAAAUUUCCCGCCGUUUUAAAGAGAAACGCAUACUCAUUCCACACGAUCCCGAACUCGCCAUAAUUCAUGGCGCCGUUGAGUUUGCUCAAGAUCCCAGCUUACUUCGAGCCAGAGUCAUGGGCAGAACGUACGGCGUGGACACUUGGACUAGAUUUGAUCCGGAUGAACACCCUCCUGAGAAAAGAGAAAUUCGUCCACACAAGGUAUACUGCCGUGACAUUUUUGAAACUUUAGCGGCGAAGAAUGAACGAAUAGAUAUCGAGGAAAAAAGAUCAUACACGUUUUUCCCUAUCAAUCCAAAACAGACGCAAGUCCGUUUCGAAUUUUACAGUACAAUCAAAGAAGAUGCUCAAUUCAUAACUGACCCCGAAGUGGUAAGCGAAAACGUUGCGAUAGUGGUUGCUAGUCCUGACACCACAAAGGGGUGUGACAGAGAAUUGAGACUAGAUGUUAUGUUUGGUGGCACGGAAUUAAAAGUACAAGUCACUGACGUUGAAUCAGGAAAUGCUGGGACAGCAUCAAUUGAACUGGUGUCCAAACCCGUGCUCCACUCCCGCUUUCACUAAAAAGACGUUUUCAAAGCACUAUCAGAAGAGACAGACCAUACUCUGCUUUGGCAGGCAAAUAAAUAAGGCAACAAUAACUUUAAAGUUAAAUACGCUGUAUUUACUUUGCAUGAACAGAAGCAAGACGUAUUUCGAAGAAACUCUGCCAAAUUUAGCAUGUGUUUAGCAAUAGCUUUAUUGGUAUCAGGGACUGACG